AUGACACUUCGUGAGGCAGACAUGGAGGACGCCCGAGACGUGUGCAUGUCGGACCGCUUGAUCCCCAACCGCCAGACGUGCUGCGAUCCGGUUCGACAGCUGAAGCUCGAACGAGACGAGAACUGGGCGCCUCAGAACGGUUACCAUGAAGUGCUUUCGCAGAACGUCUUGGGGAAGGAGGCCUUGAACAACGUGAAGAUUUUGAGCUACCAGCACAAGCCAGCACGUCAAGAUCCCCAUCUUAGUGAACUGAAAGUACUAUACAGCAGCAAUCGCGAUGCCGGGCACCGAAGCCACGUUCGACCCUCACGACAUCUACCCCAGAGUGCCACGAAAGUGCUGGAUGCGCCGGGCAUUUUGGACGACUUCUACAGUCACCCGGUGGACUGGUCGUCUCAGAAUGUGGUUGCGGUGGCCUUGGCAGACAUGGUCUUCUUGUUUGAUGCCGCAAGCGGAAGUGUGAAGAAGCUUCUCCAGCUGCCGAAUGGCUCCAUCACCACCCUUCGAUGGACGGAGACAGGUGGGCACCUGAGCAUCGGCUCCUCUGCGGGCGAGGUGCAGAUCUGGGACGCCGCCUCGCAGCGGCAGCUGCGCAACCUGCGCGGCCACCAGGGACGCAUCGGGGCAUUAGCUUGGCACAAGCACAUCUUGAGCAGUGGCUGUGCAGAUGCGGAAGUUCAUCAGCACGAUGUGCGAGUGCGGGAGCACCUGGUGAACCGCAUGGUGCACCAUACCGACUUGGUGUGCGGCUUGGACUACAACUCCGAGGGCAUGUUGGCGUCCGGUGGGAAUGACGACACGGUGUGCAUUUGGGAGACGACGACCUCCCAAACUCCCAUACACACCUUUACAGAGCACCACGCCGCGGUGAAAGCGCUCAAAUGGUGCCCUUGGCAACGACACGUCCUGGCCACGGGUGGAGGCUCCUCCGAUCGACAGAUCUGCUUGUGGAAUGCCUCCAGUGGAAGGCUUCUGAUGUCCACGAAUGCCGAGAGUCAGGUCACCGGCAUCUUGUGGGGAGAGCAGGAGCGAGAGCUUCUAACCGCUCAUGGCUAUUCGAGGAAUCAGUUGUCCUUGUGGAAGUAUCCAUCUUUGGUGAAGGUGGGCGAUCUGGAAGGGCACGAGGGCCGACUACUAGGGCUGGCUCAGAGCCCUGAUGGUUCCUUGGUUUGCUCACCGUCCGCCGAUGAGACCUUGCGAUUUUGGAGGGUCUUCUCGGCGAGUUCCAAAAAGCCAGUGGAGAGCAGCAAGAGCAAUGGAAACAACAUCCUGAAGACCAUCCGUUGA